AUGGCUAGCAAGUCAAAGAUCGACCUUACACCAUCCAGCGUGCUCUCUAGCAGAUACACGCUCGGGGAAUUCCUAGGCGAGGGUCAGUACGGUACAGUGUGGCGCUGCGAGGAGCGCGCGACGGGCGAGCAUUUCGCUCUUAAGUACAUCGACCUCACCAAGUGCAGCAGCAGGGCCCGCCUCGCAGCUCUCGGCGAAGUCGAAAUCCUCCAAAAGAUACGCGAUUCUGGCUUCUCCGAUAGUGUCGUAUCACUCAAGGACGUAUACGGGGACAAAGAUUCACUUUAUCUUGUAAUGGAACUGUGCACUGGCGGGGAUCUUCUCGAGCUCAUCCAGAAGCGGCCCGGCGCGCUACUUAGCGAGGCGGAAUCGCGCCACGUGUUCACCUCCGUAGCGCGCGCCGUGAAGCAGUGCCACGCCAGCAGCAUUUUCCACCGCGACAUUAAACCAGAGAACAUUCUCCUCUGCCCGAUUCAGAAAGCCAACGCCUCCAGCGCCGCCGCCGUCGCCGCCGCCAGUGACGACGUGUCGUUUGCUUACACCGCGAAGCUCGCAGAUUUCGGGCUCGCUGUGGACGUGCCGUGGUGGCAGCAGAUUCGCGGGUAUGCCGGCAGCAAGCCGUAUGAGGCUCCCGAGGUGAUGGCGGGGGUUGCGUACGACGAAUCCGCGGAUAUCUGGAGCCUUGGAGUGACUCUCUACGCGAUGCUUUCGGGAAAGUGGCCGCUGUUCAGGGGCGGGAAGCGGGUCCUCGACGAGAAGGUGGAUUUCGCAUCGAACGACUGGAAGAAGGUGUCGGGUGAUGCGAAAGAUCUCAUCCGUCGGAUGUUACGCGUGGAUGUGAACGAACGGUUCACAAUUGACGAGGUUCUGGCGCAUCCGUGGGUGUAG